GGAUCCAAGUAAGAGCAAACCGUAGAUGGAUAAAGAGUGACUCCGUCAAAGGACACGAGGACAAAGAAGUUUCAGCCAGCUUCGCCAAGUGAUCGCCUUGACGCUUGGAGAACAAGAAGCUCUGUAGGUACUCAAGGUAACAGAGGAGAUUUUGUGUUGGCACACGUACCUCACUAUAUACUAAAGCUUUGGGAUAUUAAACGGGAAUCGCUGUAGAUGAUGGAGUGGUAUGUCUUGGUGUUGAUGCUGAGCUUGCCAACCUUGAGUCAGGCUGAUUGUUCAGCUCAAUGCAUGAGAUGCGCGCAACAGAUCUCCGACCUGGACUCUGCAGUGAACCGCUUGACCUGCACUUUAGAAUGUGAAGGAGCCGUUUCAUCUACCAGUACAUUGGACAGAUGUGAGAAGGCUUUACAGGAGCUUUCAGAUGAAUUCGCAGAGCUCAACCCAGACGCCGACGGAGAACGCAGCGCGUUAAACGCGGAGGAUCUCCAAGAGAAGGCGUCCAACCUGGUCAAACGAUACGGGGGCUUCAUCAAGAGGAUCGACAAGAAUAAAAAUAAGUUUUUCGCCUCACCCUGGAAGGAGAACGCCAUACUUAAAGGACUUUUCGCGAAGAAAUACGGAGAGUCGCUCUCGAAACUGGGCGAGCGAGAAGUGGACGAGGGCGAAGACGUGUCCGCGGAGAACGAAACGGGAGUUUACGAUGACGACGUGCCUUUAAACGAAGCCAAACGUUACGGCGGGUUUCUCCGCAAAUUCGUGCCAAAAAGAAGCAUCUUUGUGGAUAACACCAGCCCGCAGGUGUUGCAGAAGAGAUACGGCGGGUUCAUGCGAAGAAUUCGCCCGAAGUUGAGGUGGGACAACCAGAAGCGAUAUGGAGGGUUUUUACGGCGUCAUUUUAAAAUCUCCGUGCGCUCUGACGAAGAGCCUUCAUCGUACGAGGACUAUGCUUUAUAAGCUAUUGUAUCAUAGAUAACCCAACCAGAACUCAUUAAGCCAACUCAUUUCAGUCCCUCCCCAAAUGUGAUGAUCUUACACGUGUUGAGGCUGUUUACCUUCCCAAAUGGCUGCUGACGCCAUCAAUCACCGUCAACCUGUCGAUCAUGCGCUCGGGACGUUUCUGUGACUGACCACUUGUUGUUCCCCGUUAACUUUACCCCCAUGUAAGCAAUCAGUACCCACUGCAGAUAACGCUUGUUUAAGAUGACCAAUAAAGGACAAGAGCUUUACCUGCUGAAAUUGUUCGGUAAAUGUUUUGUGUGACUUAAAACAGCCGAA